UCAGAGUCUAUGUGGCAUUUACGAGUCAUUUAUUAAGUCUCUAUUAUUUUUAUCUGUAUCUGUUUUUGUAAGAUGUUGGUUGGAUUUUGUUCGCAGUUUCGAUCGUUUCUUCUGGUGAAAGGAGAGACCGUGUCUUCGUUGGUGUAAUACUGCAGUAACUUUAUGCUGCGAAUCUCUGUGCUUUAAUUUUCCAACAACCAAAGUUUUUUUCUCUUCUUCAACUUUUGGGUUCUCUUCUUCUUUCGUUUCAGGACAGGAGAAGGAUAUUGACGAGAAUCAACCACGAGAGACGCAUUCUGUAGUAUUUCUCGUGAAGCCUGAAUCAUGUCUUCUGUAUCUUGGAUCCUUUCCCUCUCAUGUUCAAGCUCUGUGAUACAAUCGUCACAGGACUCAUCUGUUCCAUUGAUAUUCCAGUGGUUAAGAUUCAUUUUCCUCUCUCCCUGUCCUCAAAGAGUCCUUUCAUCUGCGGUUGACCUCUUGUUCUUGCUCAAUCUCAUUAUACUUUCAGUUCAAAAGAUUCGUUCUAGGUUCAUAGCCGAUGGUCGACCACCCAGCUCUGAUAUCAACAAGCCCCUCAUCAGAAACAACAGAGCCCUUCUGAGAACUACAAUAUGGUUCAAACUCUCUCUGAUUGUCACUGUUCUGUUAGCAUUUUCUUUCACAAUUAUCUGCAUUUUAGCUUUUAGUAGAAGCACCGAAUGGUCAUGGAAGCUAGUUGAUGCACUGUUUUGGUUGGUCCAAGCCAUAACUCAUGCAGUGAUUGCAAUCUUAAUCAUUCACGAGAAAAAAUUUGAAGCUGUUACUCAUCCGCUUUCUCUUAGAAUUUAUUGGGUUGCAUAUUUCGUCAUCGUUUCUUUAUUCUCGGCUUCCGGGAUAGUUCGUUUGGUCUCUUUUAAAGCAACCCUUUCUCCCAGCUUGAGAGUGGAUGAUAUAGUUUCCGUGCUGUCUUUUCCUUUGUCGAUUGUCCUUCUGUUUGUUGCAAUUAGAGGGUCAACUGGAAUUAAAGUGACCAGAGAUUCUGAACCUGAAAUGGACGAAGAAACCAAAUUAUACGAACCACUUGUGAGCAAACCCAAUGUCAGUGGAUUUGCUUCAGCUUCUGCAGUAUCUAAGACCUUUUGGCUUUGGAUAAAUCCCUUGCUUAUUAAAGGCUACAAGUCCCCUCUCAAGAUUGAAGAAGUCCCAUCACUGUCGCCAGGACAUAGAGCUGAAAAAAUGUCCAAGUUAUUUGAAUUACAUUGGCCAAAACCAGAAGAAAAAUCCAAGCACCCGGUUGGAAUCACACUCUUGCGGUGCUUUUGGAAGGAAGUUGCGUUGACUGCAUUCCUUGCAAUUGUGAGGCUUUGUGUAAUGUACGUUGGACCUGUUCUUAUUCAAAGUUUUGUUGAUUACACUGCUGGAAAAAGGAGUUCCGUUUAUGAAGGAUACUACCUUGUGUUGAUUCUCCUUGUUGCAAAAUUUAUAGAAGUGUUAUCAACUCACCAGUUCAACUUCAACUCCCAGAAACUUGGAAUGCUUAUUAGGUCCACUCUUAUAACUUCAUUAUACAAAAAAGGGCUCAGGCUAUCCUGCUCUGCCCGGCAGGCUCAUGGGCUAGGACAGAUAGUGAAUUAUAUGGCUGUUGAUGCCCAGCAACUUUCUGAUAUGAUGCUACAGCUACAUGCUAUCUGGUUAAUGCCAUUUCAAGUCGGUGUUGCUUUGGUUCUGCUAUAUAACUACCUUGGUGCUGCAGUCAUCACAGCAGUUAUCGGACUACUUGGUGUACUUGUAUUUGUUGUGCUGGGCACACAAAGAAGAAACAGGUUCCAGUUCAGUCUGAUGGAAAAACGCGAUUCCAGAAUGAAGGCAACAAAUGAGAUGCUAAAUUACAUGCGGGUGAUUAAGUUCCAGGCUUGGGAAGAACAUUUUAAUAAGAGAAUCCAGUCCCUCCGCGAAUCAGAAUUUGGUUGGCUAUCCAAAUUCAUGUACUCAAUAGCUUGGAAUAUUGCAGUAAUGUGGUGCACUCCAGUGCUGAUAUCAACUAUUACAUUUGGUACUGCCAUUUUAAUGGGAGUCCCACUUGAUGCAGGGACUGUAUUUACCACAACAACAAUCUUUAAGAUCUUGCAGGAGCCCAUAAGGACCUUCCCUCAAUCUAUGAUCUCACUUUCACAAGCGAUGAUAUCUCUGGGAAGAUUGGAUCAGUACAUGAUGAGUAGGGAAUUGGAGAAUGAUUCGGUUGAAAGAGUGGAGGGGUGUGACGAGGGAAUUGCUGUGGAGGUUAAAGAUGGGGUGUUUAGUUGGGACGAUGAAAAUGGAGAACAAUGUUUAAAAGAUAUAAAUUUGAAGGUCAAGAAAGGAGAACUUGCUGCUGUUGUUGGGACCGUGGGAUCUGGAAAGUCUUCUCUCUUGGCCUCUAUUCUUGGUGAGAUGCACAAAGUAUCAGGGAAGGUCAAAGUUUGUGGGACAACUGCUUAUGUAGCUCAAACAUCAUGGAUUCAAAAUGGGACAAUUCAAGAAAACAUCCUCUUUGGUUUGCCAAUGAACAGGGAGAAAUACAGGGAAGUUAUCAGGGUUUGUUGUCUAGAGAAAGAUUUGGAAAUGAUGGAGUUUGGAGAUAAGACUGAAAUCGGAGAGCGUGGUAUUAAUCUCAGUGGUGGACAGAAGCAGCGGAUUCAACUUGCCAGAGCUGUUUAUCAGGAUUGUGAUACUUACCUUCUUGAUGAUGUCUUUAGUGCUGUUGAUGCUCAUACAGGAUCUGAUAUAUUUAAGGACUGUGUAAGAAGAGCUCUUAAAGGCAAAACCAUAUUACUUGUAACGCACCAAGUGGACUUCUUGCAUAAUGUUGACCAUAUCUUUGUAAUGAGAGAUGGGAUGAUCGUACAAUCAGGAAAGUACAAUGAUCUAUUAAAUUCUGGUAUGGAUUUUGGAGCAUUAGUAGCUGCUCACGAAACAUCCAUGGAACUUGUAGAAGUAGGAAAAACCAUGCCCCACGCAGAUUCCCCCAAAACACCAAAAUCUCCUAACCAAGGGGAAGCAAAUGGUGAGAAUCUUGUAGAUCGAUCAAAUUCUGUUAAGGGAACUUCUAAGCUAAUCAAUGAGGAAGAAAGAGAAACUGGUAAAGUUAGCUUGCAGGUAUAUAAAAUAUACUGCACGGAGGCAUUUGGAUGGUGGGGUGUAAUAGCAGCGUUGCUAUUUUCUCUGUUGUGGCAAGCGUCUUUGAUGGCUGGUGAUUAUUGGCUGUCAUAUGAAACAGCAGCAGAGCGCGCUUUGUCAUUCAAUCCUUCCAUGUUCAUAAGUGUCUAUGCAAUUAUUGCAGCUGUAUCAAUUCUCCUGUUAGUGGUGAGAUCCUUUUUUGUUACGCUUAUGGGGCUCAAGACGGCCCAAAUUUUUUUCAGCCAAAUUCUUCAUAGUAUCUUGCAUGCCCCCAUGUCAUUUUUUGAUACAACGCCUUCAGGGAGAAUUUUAAGUCGGGCAUCAAGUGAUCAAACAAACAUUGAUCUUUUCCUUCCAUUAGUUAUUGGCAUUACCAUUGCCAUGUACAUCACGCUGCUUAGCAUCUUCAUAAUCACUUGUCAAUAUGCUUGGCCAACAGUAUUCUUGUUAAUACCACUUGCUUGGGUGAAUUACUGGUACCGGGGAUAUUAUCUUGCAACAUCUCGGGAAUUAACUAGACUCGAUUCAAUAACCAAAGCGCCAGUUAUUCAUCACUUUUCUGAAAGCAUUUCUGGGGUUAUGACCAUUCGCUCUUUCGCAAAGCAGCAUGAAUUCUGUCAGGAAAAUGUUAACCGAGUUAAUGCCAAUUUGCGUAUGGAUUUCCACAACAAUGGAUCAAAUGAGUGGUUGGGUUUCCGUCUGGAACUGUUGGGAAGUUUUACUUUUUGCGUUGCCACUCUGUUUAUGAUCUUGUUACCUAGUAGCAUUAUAAAACCAGAGAAUGUUGGUUUGUCCCUCUCGUAUGGGUUGUCCCUCAAUGCUGUGCUGUUCUGGGCCAUAUAUAUGAGUUGCUUUGUGGAAAAUCGGAUGGUCUCUGUUGAGAGGAUAAAGCAAUUUACAAACAUCCCAUCAGAAGCAGCGUGGGAGAUUAAAGAUCGUCUUCCUCCUCCAAAUUGGCCUGCGCGUGGCAACAUUGACCUCAAAGACCUGCAGGUGAGAUAUCGUCCCAAUACUCCUCUGGUUCUCAAAGGCAUUACUCUCAGCAUUCAUGGGGGAGAGAAGAUUGGUGUUGUUGGUCGUACAGGAAGUGGGAAGUCAACUUUAAUCCAAGUUUUCUUUAGGAUGGUGGAACCUUCAGGGGGAAGAAUAAUUAUUGACGGUAUCGACAUUUCCUUUCUGGGGCUUCAUGACCUUAGGUCUCGCUUUGGGAUCAUUCCUCAGGAACCAGUCCUUUUUGAAGGAACUGUGAGAAGCAACAUUGAUCCAAUUGGUCAGCACUCAGACGAAGAAAUAUGGAAGAGCCUUGAGCGUUGCCAACUUAAAGAUGUUGUGGCUGCAAAACCAGAUAAACUCGAUUCUUUAGUGGUUGAUAAUGGAGACAACUGGAGUGUGGGACAAAGGCAGCUUCUAUGUCUGGGCAGGGUUAUGCUAAAGCGCAGCAGGCUUUUGUUUAUGGACGAGGCGACUGCUUCUGUUGAUUCACAAACAGACGCUGUAAUUCAAAAGAUCAUUCGAGAGGAUUUUGCAGCCUGUACAAUUAUCAGCAUCGCUCAUAGAAUACCAACUGUCAUGGAUUGCGAUAGGGUUUUAGUUAUAGAUGCAGGAUGGGCGAAAGAAUUUGACAAGCCAUCCCGUUUGCUUGAGAGGCGUUCAAUCUUCGGGUCAUUGGUUCAGGAGUAUGCAAAUCGAUCAGCAGGACUAUAGAGCAAAUCUUCAUGGAUGUUGUUCUUAACAAUUGCAACUGUAGCAACGUAAAUAAAUAAUUUUCUAUAUCAAACAUUUUGUGAUAAUAUCAUAAGAAUUACCGUUGAAAGGUAAAAACCCUAGCCCUUUUAAACUCGUAGCUACCUGGAAGCCGCGAGCAAAACCCUAGAAAGCAUACAAGAAGCGAUGGGCAGGUCAAGAAGGAAGUGUACAAGAAUUCGAUGCCCAAGGUUCUGAGUAAGAGCCCGCACGUGUUCAAGCCAGCUUUCUCCUCUCUCCUUCCAAAGCCGAAGCUUUCGCUAUUUAUUCUUAUCUUUUAUGCAUUCUCAUUUUGAUUUUUGUAGCAGCUGUGACUGAAAUAAUUGAAUGUUGCUCAUGCAAUUUAUGCUAACAGCUGUUCUCCAAUAUGGCGAAGGAGGUUUUUGGUGGAAAGUAUAAUUUUAAUAAUGGAAAACGCCUACCCUUUUGCGUAA